AAAACAUUCCUUGAAAAUCUGGUGAUUGCUAAGCCAUCACUCCCAAGCUGCAAUUAUUUUUUACGAUAAUUAUCACAGGUUGGGGGAGAUGACGUCACUGCCUUGCGUUGCCUCCAUUUCCCCAGCAGCUUCACAAUCCAGCACAACCUUACUACUCCCCUCUUUUUGUGGGAGCCCUAAUUGUCUCAAGCUCUCUUACAAUCGGUUUGGGCUCGUCAAUAAGCAAUCUUUCAAAGGAUCACACAAAGUCGGCAUCAAAUGCAGUUACACUGAUCCUGGCAUUAGGAACAAUCCUGAUAGUAGCACAAUUGAUGUUGUGGCAGAGGUUAAGACUGAACGAAUUGUGAUAUUAGGAGGCAGUGGCUUUGUGGGUUCUGCAAUAUGCAAGGCUGCAGUAUCAAAGGGCAUAGAGGUCACUAGUAUUAGCAGAUACUUAACAUCACCUCUUGAACAGGUCAGGAAGGCCUUCUUACUCAGGCUCGUGGGAGAUGUAUUUUAUGCAAAUUGGGACGAAGUUCUUCCUGGGGCUACAGCAGUGGUUUCCACGCUUGGAGGUUUUGGCAGUGAGGAGCAGAUGCAAAGGAUCAAUGGGGAGGCUAAUGUUGUGGCUGUAAAUGCUGCUAAAGAUUAUGGUAUCCCAAAGUUUAUAUUGAUCUCGGUCCAUGAUUAUAAUCUGCCAUCAUUUCUACUCUCAUCCGGUUACUUCACUGGAAAAAGGAAAGCUGAAUCUGAGGUUCUAUCCAAAUAUCCAUCUUCAGGUGUUGUGUUCAGGCCAGGUUUCAUAUACGGAAAGAGAAAAGUGGACGGGUUUGAGGUCCCUCUUGACCUGAUAGGCGAGCCUGUGGAGAAGCUUCUGAAUGCUGUGGAGAAUUUCACCAAACCUUUGAACUCUCUGCCUGCUUCGGAUUUGCUAUUGGCACCUCCAGUGAGCGUGGACGAUCUUGCAUCUGCCGUAGUAAAUGCAAUCGACGAUGACGAUUUCUUUGGGGUUUUCACAAUCGAGCAGAUUAAGGAGGCUGCAAGAGCAGUAAAGGUGUAACAAGUGAUGGAUAUAAUGUAGUAUGCAUAUUUGGUUGUCUUGUGGUGGUAGGUAUCAUAUCAUGCUCACUUUUGAAAUGUGAGAACAGUUAUUCAUAACUGGGAAAAAAUGAGAAACAACUUGUGAACGGUUGUAAUUGUAUGGUUGGAAACAAUAUUGAGCAUUUUUGCACAAUUAGCAGCAAUGUGUGGAAGGUUAAAUUUGAUGGAAAUGGGGGAAUCUUGCAAUGGUUAGCAAAAUAUACAACAAUUUGUAUAACACAAUAUAACACAAUUUGUAUAACACAAUAUUAU